AUGUUUGGAACCACACGAAGAUAACUUUAAUAUGAAGGCAAAACCGGAAUGUGUAGUAGCUUUAGUUCGAUGAUUCGUGAAUUGAUUCCGCUGCCUGACAGGAUGUACAAGUCGAACACAGAACAAUCGAUGUCGGAUUUAAAACAACGCCGCGAACGGUUGUUGCUGCUGCACGAUGAGGAGUCGGACCAAUGUCCGCACAUCACUAGAUGAGUUUAUAUUUGCCUGUUUGCUAAUAUGUCUACCAAGAAGUUGGCCAAGGAGCUGGGACUCGUGAGGCAGCGCAGCAAGUCCACAUCUGAGCAAAAGAAGGCCACAUCGAAUCAGAUCUUCUCUUACUUGAUCGUGAUAGAUUUUGAGUCGACAUGCUGGAGAGAAAAGAACAACCUCAGUCAAGAGAUCAUUGAGUUUCCUGCCGUUCUCCUGAACACGUCCACUGGCGAGGUGGAGUCGGAGUUCCACACAUACGUCCAGCCUCAGGAGCGUCCGCUUCUCUCCGACUUCUGCACCGAGUUGACCGGCAUCACACAGGCACAAGUGGAGGCCGGAAUCCCGCUCCGCAUCUGCCUUUCCCAGUUCAGCCGCUGGCUGCAGAAACUCCAGCUCCAGAUGGGCGUCGCCUUUCCAAGCAAAGAGAAGAGAGCGCCACCUUCCUCGGAUGCUAAACUGUGCACUUUCCUCACCUGGUCAGACUGGGACCUUGGCGUUUGUCUGCAGUACGAGUGUAAACGCAAACAGAUCCACAAACCGGACGUGCUGAACAGCUGGAUCGAUCUGAGGAGCACGUACAGGCUCUUUUACAACCGAAAACCAAAAGGCCUGAACGGGGCUCUGCAGGAUCUGGGCAUCCAGUUUGCAGGGAGAGAACAUUCAGGUCUGGAUGACGCCAGAAACACAGCGCAGCUGGCGUGGAGGAUGAUGAGGGACGGCUGCGUGAUGAAGAUCACCAGAACUCUGGAUCGGACGCCCCCUGUGGUCAGACCGGGUAAUGCAAGCAACACGGACACACGCAAAGAGGCUCCAAGAGAAAGCACCUCCAAACCCCAGCCACCAUCAAAGAGGCCCCUGAAAUCUUGUCAUUCCGACCCAGCAUCCGUCACAAGUCUCGUCUCACCUCGAACGCUUCUGGACACCACGAACGUUCCUCAGUGGGAACGUAGCAACAUCAUGAACUCGAGAGCCUCAGUGGUGAAGCUCCUCUCUGCAGCCAACACUUUACCAAACGGAAACAUCAUGUGUUCCACUGUUCCUCCCCUUCCUCCUGACCAAACAUGGGAGGAAGAGGAGCUGCUCACAGAGGCGGAGGAGAGGUGCGGCUCGUACGACGACGUGGUGUUGGAGGAUGAGGGCGUCGCCAGCGAAGCAGAGGAACACGCCCAGUACGUUCCAGAGUUUGACAGUGGGUGUGAUGUUUGGGAAGAUGAGUCUGUGUCACCAGUGCGUCUGAGAGAAGGGCUGGGAGCUCAAAACACCUUCGUCCAAGGUCACUCGUCCAGUCAUGUGAAGAUUACAUCUCAACACCAGUCCUCUUUGAAGACGCGUCCAAACCUGUCCUUCAAGAAAAGUGUCUUCAUCCCAGAGAAGACUUCGACGCCUCACGGCUCCCUUUUCAAACGGAGUCUCACCAGAGAGAAGCCCUUCAGCAUCUUGGCUGACCCUGAAAUUCAGCCGUCGGUCGUGUCUCACCCUGUCCCCAGGAACGUCCUCGCCUCCUCCACAAACACCUCGGCGCUCAGUCGCACCCACAGAGCCGGAGCAAACGUCACAGCUCCUCUGUGCGGCUGCGGACGGCGAGCCAAGCGGCAGGUGGUGUCCAACGGCGGGCCAAACCAGGGCAGGGCCUUCUUCUGCUGCGCCGUCCGACGCUCUGGCAGCGGCUGCAGGGUCCAGAAGGGCUGUGACUUCUUCAGCUGGGCGCCGUCUUUGAUGAGGAGCAGAGCUGCCGGCUCCUCAGUGUCCAUGUUUCAGGUCAACUCCACGUUCAAGUGCCCUCCACCUCCACGUGUAAGAAAGAGCUGCUGAGAGAAGCGCUUACUGAAGGAGUCUUCUGAGAACAAUGUGUGAACCUGAAGGAAUGGUGUGGAAUUCAAAGCCCAAAAAGCAUCAUUAUCAUGACUCACCCCAUGAUGUCUCUCUCUGUUCAGACUUAUUCCUGCAUGAGGCAGUGAACUGACUUGGACUGUCAUCCGGUUUGACCCCUCAGUAAUAACUACAUUAUGUUAAAAAUGACCACAUCUCAUUGUCAAAUCAUGCAAACAUAUAUGAGCUCGACUUUUAAUUUCCGUUCAUCUGCUGCUUUAAAAAAAGUUCUGUAUAUAAUUUUGAUACAAUAUACACCCUGUCACACUAUCACCUGUAUGUAGCAUCUCUCUUAGCUGUUAUUUGGAGAUAUGUUUUUAAUAUUUUAAUAGUAGUUUUAUGUCAU